AUGCCUCAACAACAACAACAACAACAACAACCACAACCUACAAAUGCACAAGUAUUUCUCGAUGGUCUAAAACCAGCAGCAUCCUCAUAUACAUCCCGCUUCAGCGCCUUUUCCCAAGACAACAACAACAGCAGCAAAACCAAAGAUAACACCAAGCCACACGACCAACAAGAUACUUCCUCUCCCUCCAAAACCAAGCUCAAAACCCACAUUUUCCCCGUCACCGAAGCCGAACGCACCCAAGUCCGCGCCACAGCCGUCUCCCACUCAAACGACUACUACAACAUCGUCAGCCGCCGCUACGAGUUCGGCUGGUCCCAGCACUUCCACUGGACGCCCUUUGCGCCCGGCGACAGCAUCAGCCACAGUCUGCGCAACUACGUCCACCGGCUCGCGGUCGUGAUGGGCCUGAAGCGCGGGAUGAGAGUUCUCGAUGUGGGAUGUGGGAUUGGGGCGCCGGCGAGAGAGGUGGCGCGGCUGGUUGGGUGUGAGGUCGUGGGGGUGACGAUUAAUCAGUGGCAGGUGGAUAGAGCGAUUGAGUUGACGAUGUUGGAGGGGAUGGGGCAUCUGUGUACGUUUAUUAGAGGGGAUUUUAUGAGGCUGGAUGAGAGGUUUCCCGGGGGUUGGUUUGAUGCUGUUAUGGGGUGUGAGGCGACGUGUCAUGCGCCGAGUUUGGAGGGGGUGUAUGGACAGGUGUGGCAUGUUUUGAAGGAGGGGGGUGUUUUUGGGUUUACGGAGGAGUUGAUGGACGAUUCGUCGGAGGGGAGGUGGGAUGAGACUUCUGAGAGGUUUCGAAAUUUGCGGAAUAAUCUUGAGGUUGGUGGAGGUAUGGCGAGUCUGCAGCCUGUGAGUGUGGCGAGAGCGGCUUUGCUGAAAGCUGGAUUCACACUUGAGCUGGAUGAAGACUAUAGCAAGUAUUUUGAUUGUUUGUCGCAGCCACCGAAGGUUGUGUUUGCGGAGGACGGACUGGCCUUGGGCGAAAUCGACGUGGAGAGGAAUACACAGAAUUUAUGGGAGGGAAAGCAGGUGAAAUCAUUCUCGACAGUGAAGCUGCCAACCAGAGAUGGCAAUGGCUGGUAUUAUGCGCCUCCACCGAGCUCAUCAUAUGAACAAAUUCGUUCGUCACCGAAGCAUCCAAUACCUCCUACCCUCCGACCUUGGUAUUACCCUAUCAUGGGCACAAAGGAGGCAGUACAGAUGGGCGUCACAGAUGAAGACCGCAAGAGAGUGUCGUUCAUGAGCCAUGGAAGUCGCCGAUUCUACUUCACGUUAGUCAAUAUCCUCGUCUGGCUAGGGAUCUGUUCACCAGGAGAAGCUCAACUGAACAAGAUGAUGGAAUUAUAUUGCGACGCCUGCGUCGAGGCAGGAAAAGAAAAUAUUUUCGCACCAUGCUGGAUGUUCGUAGGUCGGAAAGACGAGGGCUUGGGUGAUGCUACGUUGCUUGCGUCACAAAAGUUGGCCAACGGCCUGGCUGGAGCUGAGCUGCAAUCUGGACCACUGAGUGCCAGGAUUGAUAUGGCCACUUAUGCCCAACUUCGACGACUUUCGAACUUUACAGAGGAAGAGAACGAAUCUAGGUUUGGCACUCCCCAAACCGAGGUCGUUGAUGUUUUUGACGGUGGUGUGUCGACCAAGCCGUAG